ACACAUGAGAACAAUCGGCUUCAUUAUUUUAUAAUUUUUAUUCAAUUAAAAUCGAGCUUUCAUAUUAUAAGUUAGACAAGCCUUUGUUUUUCUCUGCAUCUGAGCCACCAAAUUUGAAAGUGAGGUAUUGGUAUCGUCGAAAUGGUCGACUACAGCAAAUGGAAGAGCAUUGAGAUCUCCGAUGAUGAAGACGAGACGCACCCCAACAUCGACACGCCCUCGCUCUUCAGAUGGAAACACCAAGCGAGGAUCCAGCGGAUGGAGGAGGCCAAAAAGGAAAAGGAAGAGUUUGCGAAAGCCAAAGAAGUCAAUCGGAAGAGGAUUGACGAGAUAAAAGAACAGCUGUCUAAGGGAGAUGGCGAGGAGGUGGACGUCCCUUUGCUCACGGCCAAACUCGAAGAAUUAGAGAGGACGGAAGAGAAGCUGAAGAAGACCGAAGAAGAGCUCAGAGCGAAAGAGAGAGUGACGCCUUGGAACGUGGACACGAUCAGCCAGCCCGGUUUCACGAAAACAUUGAUAAACAAGCCGCCUCAGUUGGAACUGGAAGAGCUGUCCGAAGAGGAGAGAGAGAAGAAGAUGCAAGAGUUCAUCGAACAGAACGAGAAAGAGCUCAAGGUGUACGGUAUGCUGAGAAAGUAUGAAGAUAGUAAAAAGUUCUUACAAGAACAUCUGCAUCUCGUUUCCGAAUACACUUCCAAUUAUCUCGUCAUUUGGUGCAUAAACCUGGAGUUGGAAGGUAAGCAGAUGUUGUCCCAGCACGUAGCCCACCAGUGCAUCUGCAUGCAGUACAUCCUCGAGUUGGGAAAGCAGCUCGAAGUCGACCCGAGGGCGUGCGUCAGCUCUUUCUUCACGAAGAUCCAAAUCUGCGGCGAGGACUACAAGUCGAGCUUCGACGACGAAUUGAAAGCUUUUAUCAACCGGGUGAGAAGGAGGGCCGAGGAAAAGCUGGAAAUGGCGAUCCAAGAGCAGGAAAUAGAGGAACGAGAGGCGAGGCUUGGCCCGGGGGGUCUCGACCCGCUCGAAGUCUUCGAAUCUCUGCCGGAGUCCUUCAAAGAAUGCUUCGAAAAACAGGACAUCCCGUUGCUGCAGAAAGCGGUCGCCGAGAUGCCAGAAGAAGAAGCGGCCUAUCACAUGAAGCGCUGUGUCGAUUCCGGCCUCUGGUUGCCCGACGGCGGAAAAACAUCAAAAGAACCCUCUCAGGUCCAAGAAGAAAGUGAAACAAAGGACGAACCCGAAUCGUCCACCAGCCAAGAAAAAUAACUCGACGUUAAAUCUCCCUAUGCAAGAAAACUCGCUUAUAAAAAUAAAUAAUAAUUACUAAACUGCAAAUGCAAUA